GACCACUUGACUGAAACUCUUCCCGCAGGCAGAAUACUUCCUGGGGUGAGGUCAGAGCAGAUCCUGGAGCUACAGUAGCACAGGAGACACAGGUGGCAUCACAUCAGCAGCCAGUGCAGGGAGGACAGUAGAGACCCACACCAGCGUGACCUGCCCUGGGUAACCUACUGGAAACACAGAUGAGAGAGCUGAGACAGGGGCUGCCAUGGUGCGGAGCGCUGCUCUGCUGGGCAGUGCUGCUUGCGGGCCUCGACCCCACUGCAGCAGGGGAGGCUCACGUCAGCCUGCGGCGUUUCAUCGGCUGUGCGGUGAGGGAGUUCACCUUCCUGGCUCGGAAACCAGGCUGCGGGGGCCUGCACGUCACCACCGACGCCUGCUGGGGUCGCUGCGAGACCUGGGAGAAGCCUGUCCUGGACCCGCCCUUCAUUGAGUCCUACCAGCGUGUGUGCACCUAUAACGAGACCCGCAUGGUGACAGUCAAGCUGCCCAACUGCUCCACCCAAGUAGACCCCUUCUACACGUACCCAGUGGCCCUGAGGUGUGACUGCGGGCUGUGUGCCACGAGCACCACUGAGUGCAUCACUUCCGUGUGAUGACAUCACUUCCUUCUGAUGACAUCA